CACAAACCAAUUCCGCCCUUUAGCUCCCCGUUUCAUCUCCUUAAUAUCCCCCAAUUCGUAACUGAGGCAAAAAUCAAGGUAGGGCGGCCGCCCUACCCUACCUUGCCCUAAUGGGUCCUCCGCCCGUGGAAUCGAAUCAACUUCGUUCAAAGAUUGACGAGGUUUUAAGGAGCCGGUAUGGUCCAGAUUGGGAAAAUCAGCCAGAGCUGAAGCAAUUGCAGAGUUUGGUAAAUCUGAUGACUGAUGCAAGCAGGUUCUAUCGUAAAGCAUUUAAUGAGCUAUUCUCAAGUGCUAGUACUUGUCAGGAGUCUGAAUCGACUGCAAAUAAUCUUGACUAUACUUGUUUUGGGUGGCUACUUUUCUUAACACUCCGUUCAAAAUCACCAGAACUGUUUAAGGACUUGGUAUCCUGCAUCCAUGGAUUAGUUGCCAUAUUGGCUAUACUUUUAAUCCAUGUGCCUGCAAGAUUUAGGAGCUUCACAAUCGAAGGUUCUUCUCAUUUAAUAAAACAAACAGAGAGAGGCGUGGAUCUCCUUGCUUCAUUAUGUCAUAACUAUCAUACCUCUGAAGAUCGCUUGAAAGAGAUGAUGGGGAAGUCUCACCAGGCCAUAGAGGAGUAUUUCAGCAUGAAACCGCUAACUGCUUCAGAAUGCAAAGCAGAAACUUUGGAUAAAAUAGAUACAGUUGGUCUGAAGUAUUUCAAACAUCUGCUUGACGAGGAGUGUUUUCAGUCAAAUUUGGAAAAUUUGGAGAAACUAAGUAGUACUUCUAGUUGGGAAGGGGAGCUUGAUUUGAAAAUGUUUUUGAUCAAUAAUGACAAUAUAGUCAGUGCUGAAGACUCUUCUAGCUGCCCAAAGCAUGUCUUCGAAACACUAGUGUCGCCUACAAAGACAAUAAAGAACAUGUUGACUGUCCCUACUUCCCCUUCAUCACCUGUGAAUGGUGGUUCAGUUAAGAUAAUGCAGAUGACACCAGUAACUUCUGCCAUGACAACUUCCAAGUGGCUUCGUGAGGUAAUAUCUUCAUCGCCAGAGAAGCCUUCGUCUAAGCUUGAGCAGUUCCUUUCAUCUUGUAAUAGAGAUUUGACCAGUGAUAUAACAAAAAGGGUCAACAUAGUUUUGGAAGCAAUUUUUCCAACAAGGUCUUCUGGCGAUUGGGGUGGUUCCAUAGGCCUCAAUUGUGCAAAUGCAUUUGAUAUUCCAUGGGCUGAAGCAAGAAAAUCAGAGGCCUCCAAAUUGUACUACAGGGUGUUGGAGGCAAUUUGCAGAGCAGAAUCACACAAUACUAACGUCAACAAUUUGACUCCAUUGUUGUCAAAUGAGCGUUUUCACAGAUGCUUGAUUGCAUGUUCAGCUGAACUGGUAUUGGCAACACAUAAGACUGUCAUCAUGAUGUUCCCUGCUGUCUUGGAGAGUACUGGUCUGACUGCCUUUGAUUUGAGCAAGAUAAUUGAAAAUUUUGUGAGACAUGAAGAAAGCCUUCCAAGAGAACUAAAAAGGCAUUUAAAUGCAUUAGAAGAACAACUUUUGGAAAGCAUGGCAUGGGAGAAAGGUUCGUCGUUGUAUAAUUCACUGGUAGUUGCGCGGCCAUCACUUGCUUCGGAAAUAAAUCGCCUUGGUCUUUUGGCUGAACCAAUGCCAUCUCUUGAUGACAUAGUAGCACACCAGAAUAUUCAUUCUGAAGGCUUGCCAGCUACACCAUCUAAAAAAAGGGCUGCUGGUCCAGAUGACAAUGACGACCCUCAGUCACCAAAGAGACUAUGCAAGGAGUCCAGGAACACAUUGGCAGACCACAAUUUGCUGACACCACCACCAAAGCAAAGCCAUAUGGUGAAAGCAAAAUGGCAUCCCCUCCAGUCAACAUUCGCGAGCCCCACUGUUAGUAAUCCUGUUGGUGGGAAUGAAAAAUGUGCUGAAGUUGGGGUUAACAUCUUCUUUUCCAAAAUCUUGAAGUUGGCUGCUAUUAGAAUAAGAAACUUGUGUGAAAGGCUCCGGCACGUGGAACAGACAGAGCGUGUCUAUAAUAUCUUCAAGCAGAUUCUUGAUCAACAGACAACUUUAUUUUUUAAUAGACAUAUCGACCAACUUAUUCUCUGUUGCCUCUAUGGUGUUGCAAAGGUUUCCCAGUUAACACUGACGUUCAAGGAGAUUGUCACCAAUUACAAAAGGGAACAGCAAUGUAAACCAGAAGUCUUCAGAAGUGUAUUUGUUGGUAGUACAAAUCGCAAUGGAGGACUUGGGUCACGACAUGUUGAUAUCAUUGUUUUUUAUAACGAGGUGUUUGUUCCUGCAGUCAAGCCUUUCCUAGUGGAUCUAAUUCCUUCUGGUGCUCGUGCGGAGGACAAGAAGAAUCCUAGUAGCCAAAUUCCUGGAUCACCAAAGCCAUCUCCUUUCUCAAAUCUACCAGAUAUGUCCCCAAAGAAAGUCUCAUCUUCCCAUAAUGUUUAUGUUUCUCCUCUGCGGCAAACAAAGAAGGAUGCAUUGCUUUCACCAAGUUCAAGGAGUUUCUAUGCGUGCAUCGGCGAAAGUACCCAUGCUUUUCAGAGCCCAUCUAAAGAUCUGGCUGCUAUAAAUAACCGUCUAAAUUAUACUAGCCGGAGAAUCAACACUCGAAUAAACUUUGACAUGGUUAGCGACUCAGUGGUAGCUGGUAGUCUGGGCCAACCAAAUGGCGGACCCGCCUCUUCGGACCCAGCAGCUGCAUUUAGUCCCUUGUCAAAGAAGGGUAAACCAGGACCUGAGUCUUGAGCAAAUAAAUGGGUGGGCAUCUAGCCCUGUAUAUAGCUCACAAUCCAACAGAAGGCUUUCUUAUUCUUCUGAAUAAGUGGGUGAUGUUGACUGCUUCAACUGUACAUGUAUGUAUUAGGGAGUAGUAACAGUAUAAAAGAGGCUGAUUAGAAUUAGCAUUUCUGAUGUACCAUUUUAUUUUCCAGCCGACAAAACAUUGGGGUGUGAGCUGUGUAAAAUGCUAGCUGGCAGUAUUUUUCAGUGUAUAAUGUGUUAGUUUUUUUCCUGUAGAAAACCUGUUUGGAAUGUUUUCAAUAUCAUAACUUGGCUGCUGUCACCUAUUUUAGAGGUAUAGUUAAGCUUA